AUGCGCGCCGCUGGAGACUUGGCUCUUGUCACAAGUGAAAAACGCAUUACCUUGGUGAAAAGGAUAGUUGAGGAGCUACAAUGCAUUGCUGAGCUUACAGACGACAAUGUGGACGUUGUUUCAGUGGUCGGACAGCUGGAGCGGGAGGCCUACAACUCUGCCUCGAACAUGGGCCAGUACUUCAGUGCGCUGGGCACACGCACCACCCGACUGCGAGUCCUGCUGCUUCAAUCCGCUGCUCGUGCGGCAAGCGAGGCAGGGAACACCGCCGCCGCUGCCGCUGCUGCUGCCGCUGCCGCGGCGGCGGCGGCGGUAGCAGAAGAGGACGCAACCGCCGAACUGGAUACGUGGGCGUCAGGUGGGGCAAGUGCGGGAGGCACCAGUGGCGGCUUGGUCGGUGCUGGCGGGUGGCGGAGGAAUGGAUUGACGGAUGUGUGGGUGGAUGGGCAAGCGGGCAUGUGGGGUACGCCGGCCGGCACCUUCGUCCGAGUCCAAAAGUCUGUCGGCACAAUAUCGGGUCGCAGUGCGCGGUCUGCAUCGGCUGACAGUCCUCUGGAACCCAAUGGAACCCAAUGGGAUCCAGACUCGCACCAGGAUUUACCUCGGGAGUUAGAACAGCAGGGGGGGGAGGUCGGAGCUGGGGACGAAGGGGAGAAGGAAGAGAAGGGGAGUCAGUCCACGGAGGGGUCCUGUACGGCAGCCCCAGGGACCGGGGCAGGUGUCGCCGUUCCAGGAGACGGCGGUGGCAGCAGUACAGGCGGCGGCGAUGGCGGCGCCGGCGGAGGCACCAUGGUCCAGCCAAUGGACCCGUACCUACUGUCGUACAUGUACGGCGGCAUAGCCAGUAACGUCGGGAACAGGGCGGUAAGCGGCAGCUUGUAUGUGCCGACCCCCACAGACGCCGCUCUAGAGGCCGCCGUCGGCGUCGGAGGGUUGCCGCUGGCGCCCCCCGCAGUCCCACCGGGAUUGCAUCUUCAGGUGCGAAUGGCGUCGGCAGCGGCGCUGGUGGCGCCGUCGAAUGUACUGGCGGCGGCGGCGGCGGCGGUGCUGCCGACGGCGGCGGCGGCACCGCCGCUACGGCUGACCUCGGUCCGACAGCCGCUGUACUUGCCGCCGGCGGCGGUGGCGGCGGUGCCUGCAGUGAAUACUUCCACUCCGGCCGCCGCGGGAGAGGGCGGUCAACAAGCUGUGGUGUCGCAGUCGCCUUUGCAUUGUACGACGGGUACCGGCGCCAUCAACCCAGGUGCAGGGCUCAUGCCAUCGUCACCGCAGUCGUCACCACAGCAAUAUCAGCAGCAGAUGCAGAGGGACCUGACGGAGGGGGGAUCCCGUCACAGCCCUCUUGCCAUCCGCCCGCACCUCUACCUAAGGCCCCAGCAGGGCUCCGGUGGUGAGGCCGGCCUCGCCCUUGCCGCCGCCUCAGCUGGCGUCGUCACUGGCGCCGGCAGCAGCGCCCUCGGACGCCCAGAUCUUAGGGUAGCGCCAGUCGCGCCCAUUCUGCAUACCCAGCAACAGAUACAGAACCAGCAGGAGCGGAAUACAACGGCACUGGCCCAGAUGACCAGCUCCAGUCCUGCCGGACCGGACUUCAUGCAGCCCAGCGAACCCCGACGAACGCAAUCGGCGCUUCAACCACAAAUACCGAUGCCGUUACGCAGCAGCGGUGGCGUCGGCGCUAGCAGCCGGCCCAGCGGCAGCCAGAUGCCGUGGCCGCAGCCCGUAUCCUCACAGGCGCAGUACACUUGGCUACGACCUGCAUCAGACUCGCAAAUCCUAGGACUGCCGCUUCAGCAGCGUCAGUGGCCAACUGGUUCCCAGCCGCUGCCGCAGCCAUCACUGCUACUGCAACCGCUGCACGUGGGCGCUGUGAGCGGACCUGGACUGCGAGGGGCCGUACACCAGGUGCAGAUUGAGGACCCCCAACUUGCGACUGCGGGACGGGGUUCGGCGACGGCGGCGGUCGCGGCCGCAGCGGCAGCUGUGGCGAGGGCGGCAACAGCGGCUGAUGCACUGGGCGAUGCCGACGAUGUAGGAUACGGCGCCGUCGGAAAUGGCCAAGACGCCAUGUCCCAAGCUGGGAUGCUAGGAGGGGCUCUGGGAAGCUUCAGUAACAGUCCGUCCGGAUGGCCGGCGGCGGUGGCGGCGGCAGUGGCUGGGCCGCCGCCGGCGCCGCAGCCUCCGCUGGCGGCUACGCUUGCUGACAACAUGGAGGUGUCGGCGCUGCCACUGCCCUCAGUUGGCGGUAUUAGCUCCGUAUCUGCCAUGAUGCUGGAUGCCUGCGGAUGGGCGCCGGAGGUGGCACCGGCAGUAGGGCCGUCCGCACCCAGCGCAGAUGGUACCAUGCAGACGUCCUCCGACGAACUGGCAUCGCUGGCAGGGACCCCGCCAGCAGGCGGCCUGGGGGUCCCGCGGGCUGCCUCGGGGCUUAUUCGGUCUGCAAGUGCCGCCAUCCCGCUUGAUCCUCCGGAACACCGCCUCCAAAUGGCUGGGCCCCUGCUCCGCCAGCAAACCGCUCACCCCUUGAUGCUAACACCGCUGGCCCAGUCGUCGCAUCAGCAGCGGCAGUGGCAGCACCUGCAGCAGCCUGAUCAAUUACGCCCCUUCACGUUUAGCCAGUUGGCGCCGCGGCCGCUCCAGCAGGACUUCGGGCAGUACUUAUUGGCGUCGACCCGCGGCCUGCUGGGUCCUCCUGCCGUUACUGCAUCUACGGCUGCUGUACGGCCGCUCCAGCAGAUGCAGCUCAUGGCGAGUCAGUCCCCGAUGCCUGGCCGCCAGGCCAAGUCACCUCGGGGCAGCUGGGAGACCCGGUCGCCGGCGAUGUCGAUGCUUCGGCUGAGUCUCAACGGAGCGCUCGCUAGCGGCGGUGGUGGCGGCGAAAGUGGCGGUGGCGGUGGCCAGCCCGGCGCCGGCGCUACUGCCGCCCAUGCAGGAUUCAGCGGCAGCAGCACCACCACGUCCCAAUCAGGGAGUGCCCCUCCGCAGUUCUCUGGCCAGCUCUUGCAACCGCAGCCGCAAUCGCCAGCUGAUGGGGCCCUUGGCAUCGGGGCUGGCAUGUACUCCGGUGCUGGCGGGCAGGCCUCCACCGCACUGAACAUCGACCAGCUUGUUGUACAACAGGUCCAGGAGACCGCAGCUGCCAUUGUGUCACGAAGCCAACGAAUGAGCAGCAGCAGCCUAGCAACCGUGGGCCCUUCCAGCACCCCGCCACUCCUGACGUCACCCCAGCCCAGGCAGUCCCCAUUACCACACCCAAUUGCCACCCAACCGCUGCCUUCGGCAGCGACCACCGCUACCACUGCUAACAUCACCACCACAACCGCCGCCGUGGGCGGCGCCAUCAGCAGCCUUGGUUACGGCUCUCGGCCCACAACGCCCUACCUGGCAUCUUCUCCUACCCCGGCGGCCUCAUUCACUGGGGCGGCUGCUGCCUCGUUUGCCAUCGGCUUGGAGGGCCCCACUGCUCCCCCUGCUGUCACCGCCGCGACCACAGCCAGCGCCGGCGGCGACUGGACCUCUGUCUCCAUGGACCUGCAGCAAGGAACACCGCAACCGCCACUGCAGCGUCCGCAUGAAACGGCGGCGGCAACGCCGGCGCUGUGGAAGGGCGGCACGUCACCGGUGGCGUGGGGUCCUCAAUCCCCGGCGGCUGCGGAUGCUGCCACUGCUGCCGGUUUACCAUUAAGGCAGUACACGCAAUAUUCUCCUUGGGGACUGGGGCUGUACUGGCGCUGUACGGGAAGAUCGCCGGUUUACGUUUAUAAGCGGUUUACGUACGACUGUGAUCCAAAGCAAGGGGGUUGCCUUGAGAACUCGAAACAGUCUUCCCCGCGGAAUGCAUUCUUGGCGGCAAUAGCUGUUUUAGGAUAUGUACGUGAACGUCCUUGCGGACAUAUAUUUCCUAUUAUGGCCAAGUUCUUCGUAAUAACGCAUAUUGACAUGGCGGUAGGGGUGCCUCAAGGGCAAGGUGUGGCAGGCCCUGCUUCCCGGUUCAUCGUACCCAGUUACAUCCCCCUUUGGGCUUUGAUGCACUUGGGUGAUCUUCCUGUGACGCGGGUGGGGCUAUACAUUUCAAUUCGGUCAUCAUCAUCAUCGUCAUCAUCAUCAUCACCACCACCAUCAUCAUCAUCAUCAUCAUCAUCAUCAUCAUCAUCAUCAUCAUCAUCAUCAUCAUCAUCGUCGUCGACAUAA